AUGCCCUUCAAACAACCACCCUCUUUUGGCUCCCAGGAAUACUGGGAUGACCGCUUCACCACCAACGCCGACCCCUUUGACUGGCUCGAAGAACCCAACGCCCUGGACCCCUACCUUGCCAGUGUCCUGGACACCUGUCACGUAGCCAAGCCUGAGUUGCUGCACAUAGGCUGCGGAACAUCGUUACUGUCUUUCCAUUUGCGUUCGCACGUAGACCGCCCGGGUCAGGUACAUAAUUUGGACUACUCGGACGUUGCCAUACAGAUCGGCAAGGCGCGUGAAGAGGAGAUUUACCAGUGUGAAAGCAAGCGUGGGCCGAAUGCCAGGGCGGCGGAUCUGCCUUGUAUGCGUUGGGACACGGUCGAUCUGCUGGAACACAAGUCCCUGCUGCGUGUGUGCAAGCGAUCCUCGUACUCUGUUGUAGUCGACAAGUCGACGUCGGACGCUAUUGCUUGCUCCCAAGACAUCCAUGUCCCCUUGCCGUACCCCGCAGCCAUUCGUUCCUAUGCCACUGCUGAUUUGGACUCUACUGCACCCCACGACCCCAUACACCCAUUAGUGGUUAUGAUGGUCAACUUGGCGCUCGUGACGAGGCCGCGCGCCCGCUGGAUAGCCUUGUCAUACUCUAGAGAGCGGUUUGACUGUCUUGAUCCGUCGUCGGAUGCGGUGCCUAGAAAUGUAGCGUUCCCGCAUCCUGCUGACCUAUGGCGCUUGGUGGAACGCCGCGAGGUCGACGACGUCGAACUGCCAAUGCAGGACGACAUGAGGGGCGAUUCUGUAACGCAUAGACCAAAGGUGUGCAAUUUUGUGUACCUCUUGGAGAGGACUGAUGUCCCAUUGUUUCUUCGCAGCGAGCAUAUAUGA